ACGCGGAGUAAAGCUUCAAGAAGUCGGGGUAAGCUCCCGGUAAAGCUCCCGUGGGGUCGUCGUAUCAAGCCGAGGCAUGAUUAGUGAUGAUGGCGUUCGCUUAAAUAUAGGUAGGUACAAGUACCUUAUUGUCCCUAUUCCUGGCUAAAGGGUUGACGGCAUCUUAUACCUAAGAAUUGACCUGCGAUGUCUGCUCCCAAAGAUCAACCCACCGACGCUCGAUCCAGGCUUCGCUCUCAUUUUGAAGGAGCAGACCCCUCCACUCACGGCUCCAAAUGGGACGACCUCUGGAAAGAAGGCUGGCUUCCCUGGGAUAGGGGAACUCCCAAUCCAGCACUUGUUGAUUUACUUGCUGAGCGUCAAGAUCUCUUCCCAGCUAAGCAAGGACGGAGAAAGGCUUUAGUCCCUGGGUGCGGGAAGGGAUAUGAUGUCUUGCUAUUGAGCUCAUGGGGAUAUGACGCCUAUGGCCUCGAGGUCUCAAAGAAUGCCUUAGAAGUUGCAAAGCAGAACCAGAAGGAGGUGGAUGGUAAGGGUGUUUAUGAGACGAAGGAAGGUGUGCAGAAGGGAAAGGUCACGUGGUUGUCUGGAGACUUCUUCACGGACGAGUUCUUGAAAGACGUCGAGGGCGAGCCAACUUUCGAUUUGAUCUAUGACUAUACCGUACGUUUUCCCCUUCAAUAUAUAUACGGCUUUUAAUAGGGUUCAGUUCUUGUCCGCGCUUCCACCUUCGAUGAGGCCUGCGUGGUCGAAACGCUUCGUGGAGCUUCUUGCGCCGGAAGGACGAGUCGUAUGCCUGGAAUUCCCCACGUAUAAGCCGCCUUCAACUGGUGGACCGCCGUGGGCCCUCCCGCCUAAGAUAUAUAUGGCUCACCUGCCUCGACCCGGUGAGAAUCUACCAUAUGCCG